CUCCAGGCCAUGGGGGGAAACUGUUGGUGUUGCACUCGCGCUGAGUGCAGAAUUCCGUUUGUGAUUUUGAAUACGGACUCUGUCCACAGGUGUCGUUAACACCCCUGAAUAUUUUUGUUUUGAGUAAGUCAUGCCUGUUGUCCCAGUUUCAUCAUGGUUUUCUACUUGCACAGGCAACUUCCUCAUUUUCAAAUCUGUAACUUAGCAAGGACUAAUAACCUUAACAUUUUUUCCUGAAGAAGGGUCUAGGCCCGAAACGUCAGCCUUCCUGCUUCUCUGCUGCUGCUUGGCCUGCUGUGAUCAUCCAGCUCUACACCUUGUUAUCAUUUGACUAAUAACCUCUCACCAUUUACUGUCAACGCAAAAACUGAGUGUUUUAAGUGUAACAUUGAAGAAAGGUUCGUGUCCACAGUGCAAAGCCGAACUUCCCACCGAUCCAUGCAAACCUUGUUUAUAAAUAACACGCAAGAUGUUGGUGCAGAGACCAUGUUCCUUUGCAGAGGACAAUUUGCAAGAAUACCACUUUAAAGGGAAAACCAGCAACUAUACUACAUGAGAGUCUCCUCAUUAAGCAAAGUAGAUUCCACAAGAGAAAUACAUCUGUGUUCAACUGCAGGAAAGAAAUGCAAGAAAGUACCCCAGAAUGGUCAACAUUCUCUCUUUCUUUGUGUGGAUUUUAAUGUUUCAACCCUGCCACAGUCUUUGCUUUCCUGUAGCAAAUGAUAUUGUCACAAACUAUUCAUCUUCUUCAUUGUCCACUGUGCCAAAGAACCUAUCAAAUCUCACAAACAUACUGGAUUUAUCACAGAACAACAUUACUGAGAUUUAUAUGCAGGAUUUUGCCCCUCUCCACCAGUUGAAAUAUUUGAAUUUGUCCUCCAAUAAGAUCAACAAUUUAGCACCCGCUUUUUUCAGGUCUAAUCAAAAGCUGGAAUGUUUAGAUCUUUCUAGGAAUCAACUCAUGAAUGUAGAAUGUGACUUCUUGCAUAAUGCUACCUCUCUGAAAUAUUUGGAUAUUUCUGAAAAUAAUUUUCUAAGUCUGACACUUGGAAAGGCAUUUAGCUUUCUGCAAGAUCUGGAAUAUUUAAGUUUAGGAAGCAGGAAAACAAUAAAGUUUCGAAAAGAUGAUCUUAAAGAAAUCUCAGGAAAGCAGUUGCAGGAAGUUUCAAUCAAACUAAAAACGUUGUCAGAGUAUGACCCGAGUGCCAUAACGAUUUUGAGAACAACAAAACUCCACAUUGUUUUGCCAUCUAUUAAAAGCUUCCAUUUUUUAAAAAAUGUCUUGGAUGAUGCCUUCAACACAUCUGACAUUUUAACAUUAUCAAACUUUGAAUGCUGCCAAAAGUGCAACCACUUGAGUGUUGACUGUUGUCAAACUUGCAGCAAAAUAAAUAAUGGAAUGAACCAGUGCUGCAGUGAUUGUAGUCAUUAUAUUGAAAGUUUUAAAGUAUUGGGAAAAUACUCAAGAGUCCAGAAUCUAUCUUUGCAGCAUUUAACAGUGGAUUGGGAAACUUUCGCAAAGAUAUUAAAAAUUAUUUGGGAUUCUUCAGUUGAAAAACUUAGCGUUUCUAACAUGAAAAUAUGCCAAGUUAGACAACACUUGUCUUGGUUUUUUCUCCAAAAACAAUUGAAGUCAUUUACUCUCAGAAAAAUAAACAUCUUACCAUUCUAUUUCAGUCAAGCAAUUAUAUAUGAUGUCUUUGAAGAGCUAAAGGUUGAAAAUCUGAUCAUUUAUGAAUCAGGAAUGAUUUUCCUGACUUGUCCAAAAAAACAAAACACAUACAAACUCAUUGAUAUUUCUGAUAAUUCAUUUACCAGUGAUUUCUUUUUUCAGGGCUGCAGCACCCUAAAACAUUUAGAGACUUUUAUUUUGAAACAAAAUAGAUUUGUUCAGUUAUUUGAAGUGAGUAACAUGACCACAUACAUGACAUCUCUGAAGCACUUGGAUGUGAGUCAAAAUCAACUUAUUUUUGAUGAGGUUAGAAUUUGCCCUUGGACCAACAGUUUGACAAAGCUGAACCUGUCUUCAAAUAAGCUUACAGAUUCUGUUUUCACAUGUUUACCCAGCAAUCUAGAAAUCCUUGACUUGCAGAAAAAUAACAUUUAUACUGUUCCCAAAGUGCUGAAGAACCUGAACAAUUUGAAAGAAUUAUACCUUGGUGCUAAUAAAUUAGCCAAUCCACCUGACUGCAACAAAUUUAGAAAUCUUGAGAUUUUGUUUGUUGAGGCAAACUCAUUUCAUGAACCUUCAAGUACUUUUCUUCAAAGUUGCCAAAGACUGACUGUUCUGAAUGCUGCCUCCAACCCAUUUACAUGUACCUGUAAUUUAAGAGAUUUUAGCACAAUGAACAAAAACACCCACAUAGAGAUGAUAGGGUGGCCAAAGUCCUAUUGCUGUGCCUAUCCAGAUGUCCUUAAAGGAACAUUAUUGAAGGAUUUCUAUUUAUCUGAAGUGACAUGCAGUCCAACCCUCUUACUGGUAAUCGUACUUGGCACUAUGUUUGUAAUAGCAAUCCUAAUUGGGUUAAUGUGCCGUUUUCUGGACUUGCCUUGGUACCUGAGAAUGACAUGGCAAUGGACCCAGAUGAAACGAAGAACAAUGAAGACUGACUCCUACCAGUUAUCUGAAAAUUUGGUCUAUCAUGCUUUUGUGUCCUAUAGCCAACAUGACUACAGUUGGGUGAAGGAGCAGCUACUUUCAAACCUAGAGGAGAGGAAUUUACGAAUCUGUCAUCAUGAAAGAGACUUUAUUCCAGGCAAAGCUGUCUCCUUCACCAUCAAUCCAUCACUUGUUGGAAAGCCCGGAGUAAGUGGAGGUGAUGAGAAAACAGUAGUUUGGACCAUAUGAUUGUUAUCACUACUGCAAUGCCAACUUAAUGUAGCAGCCUGCUUGCAACUCAUGAAAAUCAUCCAACUGAGAAAGUUAAAUUCAAAUGAUGAGCAGGUCCAAACACCUUCUGGUUUGUACUGAAAUUUAAGCUUUCGAACAUUAUUCCAACAUUUAUUAUUUCUGCAUGUGUUUUGUUAAAAAAAAUAGAUAACCACCACAUUUUUUUAAAAAAAAGUUCAUAAGGUGGCAAUCUUAAGACGAUUCAUAGUUACAACAUUUUGUUUCAUGAAUUCUUGCUAGUAAAAAUAAAUUUCAUCUUCCGUUGAAUAUCACCAGAUUCACAGGUCAGUAGAGAAAAUGUUGAGGGCAAGUCUUUUGCUACAAAUUGGCCUUGAAAUAUUGCAUUCAUUUCUUUAUCAUAGGCUUUGUAACGGUUGAAAGUCCUACAUGAUAAUAUCGCAGUUGAAAAGAACAUAUUUUAACAAGUAUAAAUACAUAAUUUAGGAUUUGCUCAUAAUACAUAGUAAGUAUCAUUCUAAUGUACAAGUGGUUCCAAAUUGGAACAGUUACAUCAUGCAUUAUUUCUGGAUCAAUUUAAAGUUUUAUCUGUGAUGGCUACUGCACACAAUCAGGAAAUCAAAACAAAUAUGUUUACAUUUUCUUUCAUUUGCUCAGCAUCUUGAGUUUUCUUAAAUGCCUCUUGAUGUUGACAUUGGGAAUAAUAACUAGACAAAACCAAUAUUCUAAACUAAAAUGCAUGGUUUCCCCCACAGAAAGUGUUAAAAUUCACAUUUUAAGUUGAGAAGAAUUGAUUCAAAAUGUGUAUGCCAUCUAAAUCCCCCUUCCCGCCUCGAUAUAUGACACAAGACACAACCGGAUAUUUCAGUCUUUUCACACCCUUAUUAUAAAUCUUAAAAAAAUAUUACUUUACCUUUAGAAGCAGAGACCUUUUCUUUGUACAAAAAAAUCACAAGAUUUAUUAUUUGUGCUGCGAUUAUUACCUGAUUGCACUUAUUUUGCAGUGCAUUUUAUUUUAAAUUCUUCGAAAGAUGUCCUACUCUAAGGCAGGUGCCCCACACCUCUACCUUAUAGAAAAUCACAUCACUCUUAUACAAAUCUCAACAAUGACUACAAUGCAUGAGGCAGGCCAGCCGCCAAAAUUACUGUGUUCACAUAUCUCCAUUAUCCCUCAGUCCCUUGUUUAGCUGAAAUAUUUCUCUAAAAUGUAAAUGAAUCUGAUGCUGUCCACAUUUUAUUUUAUCAGAUAGAUUUCUGUACCGCUUGCUUUUGAUAUACAGCAUCAUCUGCAGUGCUGCACUUCCUUUUAAGUAUUCCUAUCUGGGAUGCCCCACACCUACAAAAUGACUCUGAAAUAAGUUGCGCGGUGUAUACUUAAGUCUUACUUAACAUUCUCAAUCUAGUUGAAACUAAAAACUCCGAGGUAUCAUUUUCUACGUGGUCAAAUAUUGAACUGCUCUAGAAAUCUUACCUUAACUACUGUUUAUUUGUCAUUAUACUAUGAUGAUCCAAUGCAAAUUUAUUUGUUUUCAGAAAUCAAAAAUUUUUUUUUCAAUUUUCUCCCUCACAGGUUGGAGUUGCUGGGUUGCUGUUCUGUAGGACUGUACUACUCUGUCCCUCCUCCCCUCCAUCUCUUGAAUACCCUAAGUAGAUAUUCAAACAUAGGCCGUGAUUGGCAGUAGGCCACAAACUCAAUUCUGACCUCACUUGACAUCUACCCUUACAUAUACUUCACAGCAUCAGAAAAUGUUGAUCCUAAUUAGAAUGGGAGUGAUACUGCUUUGAUUAUUUGUUUCAAUUUUUAAAAAAGAUAUUGAGGCUAAUUAUAGCAUUUCUACUGCUAUACUGUGGUGAGAUGAACUAAUUCCACAUGAAGUGUGUUCAAACUUGUACUUUUCCUAGUUUGUGUGCCUCAAUGCCAAACUGAUUAAAAUUUUCACCAGCUGAGCCAUGAGACAAGCUACAGAAAUAAAUGUUGCACUCCAAAUUACAUCAAAUCUGAAUAUGAUUUAUAAUAUUUGGUACGCAUUAAAGUGCAUUAUUAAUCUAGAUACAUAUCCAAAUUGGCUGCAGUGGUCACUAACCCAUAUUACAGUCAAAGUGUGAACAUAGAAUGAAACCUGGUCUAUUGUCUAUUUACACUAUAGAUUUGUAAGAUCGAGGUGAUUUAUAGGUGUAUGUGGCAUUAGCCAGUGAUUUACAUAAUUUCAAAAACUUGUAAACACUUUUAUGUUCACAGAAGCCAUGCUGGUGCUUAGGCUUUCAUUUUGUUUUGCUGUUCACUUAAAAUAUUUUGUUUCUUUAAAAGUUCUACAGAAAACAAUUGGAAGAGUUGGUGAUUGAUAUAUUUGGAAAAAAAAUUACAGCCAUGGCAAUUGAAGUUUGCUUUUCAAUAUUUGCAUAAAUUAAUAAAACUGGAAUGUAAUGAACCACAUCAUAGAAUGUUCUCCAGCGGCCGGUAGUGUAACUUUAAACAGGACAAGGUCCAUAUCAGCUUCAGAUUACUAUGCUUGUUUGACUGGAUGUAGUGAAAAAUGUUACAAAACCUUACCAACUGUAAGCAAUAAACCAGCAAUAAAAAUAUUUACACUAAUGUUUAAAAGAUGAUUUUUGAGUAGCUUAACAGAACUAGCCCAAAUACCUUAAUUAUUAAAAUUAAAUGUUAUAAUUGUUGCAAUAAAUGAAAACAACUGAGCUUUGACAAAAUGCCUUAUUUGGCAGAGUACAUUUUCACACACAAAUUCUUGAGUUCUUCAUUCCCAUUGAUUAUUUCAGAGUUUCCCAAGGAUGAUUUUAGAGAGCACAGCAUCUGUUGUGUCAUAUUGAUAUAGCAUGAAACCAACAUUAUAUUAAUGAAUUUAUGUCGACCUGCCAAAGGCAUAUGUCAAGUGCCAUGGUAUAAUUAUAGAUUAGGAAGCAGUUGGUAGAAGGGUAUUUUGAUGAAAGGGUGGAGCAGAAUUGUUCGAAGCAGGUUCCUUUCUCAGAUAGUUAAAGAACUUUGUUACACAUGGUUCAUUUUUCUCUAUCAUCUGAAAUAGAGACAACAAUGAUAAUAUGGUUUAUUGGUGAUUGUAUGUUGUCCAAUCACUUUUUUUUUUAAGAUUAGAUUCCCUACAGUGUGGAAACAAGCCCUUCGGCCCAACAAAUCCGUCAACUCAAUGCACAACAUUCCCAUUAUCGAAUUCUUCCUGUAAGGAGUCAAAUUUCGCUUAAUUAUGAUCUGACAAAAUAUAAUCA